AUUGAAAAAAAAACGAGAAAAGCAGCAAAAAGACGUCGUCGUCGUUUUGCGGAAGAUAAAAAUUCAUUACAUUCAAACAAAAAAAUCAAGAAGAAGAAGAAUAAAAGAAAAAAAGCAAAUAGCAAUAGUGUUAGCAGCUAAUUAAAUAAAACAAAAAGCAACCACCACAAAACAUUCCAAAUCAGUGAAGAAGACGAAAAAUGGCAAUUCCAAAGCAAAGAGCAAGUGAUUGUUGAAAUUGAAAGUCCGAGAAGGAAAGGAAAAAUAAAGAAAAAAAAGCCUGCAAAUAUUGAAAUUCCUCUGUGCCGUGCCUUGGGCAAUAACAAGAAAUACAGGAAAAAAUUGCAAAAAGUGGUUGUCUGUUGUGUCUUGUCUCUUUUGGCAAGUGUAAAUGCUGUAAGAAGUUGUGCUGGCUGGCUUGCAUGCAGCGGCAGCAGUGAAUUGUGUUCAAAGAGGUGCUGGGAACCACAAAAAAGAAUAAUCAAGUCGCGAGAAGUUACGCAAAUUCUGGCCAAGAAAAAAAAAAUAAAUUGCAAGCAUUGUUUGGCAUUAGCGAGGCAAAAGUGAAGUGUAAUAUUUAAAAAGAGAAACGAAUAAAAAGAAGAGAAAAAAGUGUGUGUAAUUUAAACCAGCGGCACCGAAUCCAUCCAUCCAUCCAACUCCAAGAGUAUUUUGUAAUUUUGCCCAGACCGAAACAUCGCGUGCUGCGGCUUGCAAAGCCAGAUCUAGUUGUGAUUGUGUCGCGUGUGUUUGUCUGUUGGUUGGUUUGCUAGUGUGGGAAUUAUAACGUCGCCGCCAUGAGCGAUUCAUCAGUGGGCAACAGUGCGGCUGGACCCCGGGUCGUUACGAUCUAUAAAACAGAAACGGGCUUCGGUUUCAAUGUACGCGGUCAAGUCUCCGAGGGCGGUCAGCUGCGUUCCAUAAAUGGUGAGCUUUACGCCCCAUUACAACAUGUCAGUGCCGUUCUAGAAAAUGGUGCUGCCGAAAAAGCGGGCAUUAAAAAAGGCGAUCGCAUAUUAGAAGUAAACGGUAUCAGUGUAGAGGGUGCCACACACAAACAAGUUGUUGAUCUCAUUAAAUCUGGCGGUGACUGUUUAACAUUGACGGUUAUAUCAGUAACGCAGCAAGAAGCAGAAAGACUCGAACCUCAAGAAGACCAGAGUGGUUAUUCAUAUAUUGACUAUUCCGAUAAAAGAUCAUUGCCAAUAAGUAUUCCCGAUUAUAGCAUUAUAAAUCGGAAUGGCGAACGUUACAUAGUUUUCAACAUUCACAUGGCCGGACGUCAGCUGUGCUCACGUCGCUAUCGUGAAUUCGCCAAUUUACAUUCGAUUCUACGCAAAGAAUUCACCGGUUUUAAUUUUCCCAAACUACCCGGUAAAUGGCCAUUCCAAUUGAGCGAACAACAGCUGGACACGAGACGUCGCGGUCUGGAACAAUAUCUGGAAAAGGUAUGCGCCGUACGGGUAAUUGCCGAAAGUGAUGCUGUUCAAGAUUUUCUCACCGAUUCCGAAGAUGAUAUAUCCGCCUCGCCAGUCGAUAUUAAAGUUAUGCUGCCGGAUCAUGAGGUGACAACGGUGUCGGUGAAAAAGUCGGCCAAUGCUCAUGUUGUGUGGGAAAUUUUGGUGCAGCGCGCCAAUUUCACCUCGUAUACACAACAAUAUUUCUAUUUAUUCGAAAUUGUCGAAUAUAAUUUCGAGCGUAAGCUGCAACCCCACGAAAUACCCCAUCAAUUGUAUGUUCAAAAUUAUAGUACAGCUUCCAGUACAUGUUUGUGUGUACGCCGAUGGUUGUUCUCAGUGUCACGAGAACUGACCUUGCCGCAGGGGGAGCAGGCGGCGAAAUUUAUCUUCUAUCAAGCUGUGGAUGAAGUCAAUCGUGGUAAUAUCCGGGCCGAGGGACGGCUAUAUGAACUGAAGGCACUGCAGGAUGCCAAAAAGGCAUCGGAAUAUUUGGCUUUGGCCCGCACACUGCCCGGGUAUGGUGAUGUUGUAUUUCCCCAUUGUGCAUGUGACAGUCGAAAGGAAGGCCAUGUUGUGCCGGCAGUUGGCAUGAAGAGUUUUCGUUUACAUGCUUGUCGUGAAGAUGGCUCAUUGGAAGCUCAAAUGGUUGAAUUAACAUGGGACAGCAUAACCCGUUGGGAAAGUGAUGAAGAAUCAAUGUCGUUCUGUUUCCAAUACAAUCGUCCCGAUAAACCAGCACGAUGGGUUAAGGUCUACACACCUUAUCAUGCUUUCUUGGCCGAUUGUUUCGAUCGCAUAAUGGAGGAACGUAAAUGGGAAGAUGCUGGAGACUAACAAUUGCAACGUUAUUAGAUUUAAAAUUCUAUGUGUAAUUUUAAAAUUAAGCAAAUAAAAAAAGAACAAAAACAUUGCAAAUGAUGUGAACUCAUAGAUACACACACACUCUCAUAUAUACACACAUACACACAAUUUAAAUAUGUAUGUAAAACAAUUAUUAUUAUUAUUUGUAAAAAAAUACUAUCUAAAUUGACUUCUUUUCCCCUUACUCUCGCUCUCGAAGAUCGUUACAAAUCUGUAUUGUAUUUAUUUCAUUAUUCUAUCUAUAAAAUCUAUAUAUACAUACAAAAGCAUACAUGCGUAUAUAUUAUAUAUUUAAAUCAAAUAAUUAUUAAGAUUAUUAUUAUAAUUUUUUGUUUAAAAGUGAACAAAGAACAUCAACUAAAAAAUAUAUAAAUUAUUAUUCAAAUUUAUUUUGGACAAAAAUAUGAAAAUUCGAUGAAUGUAUUAUUUAUUUUGAAGGAGUUGUUAUUUCUGUUUGGUCGCUCAAUAAAUUUGACUUCACAUUUGCCAUAGACAUAGUUAAUAAUCCUUUUGGGCAAUUUUCUGAAACAAGUUCUACCCUCCUGCACACAUUUUUGACAUUUUCGAAUUAAGAUUCUUUGGAAUCCGCUGAUUUUAGGCACAUAAUGUCUUCGCGAAUAUUGCAAAUAAAAACACGAGAAUUAUUUUCAAAGAAAAUUUUAACUCUCAAGAGGGUCAACAAGUGUGUAUUUUUGUCCUUUUUUAAAAUAUGGCUAAAAACUCACUUUAAUCGUGAUGGUAGCAAGUCAAAAAAUUCCAAAAAAAAGAUUUGUCAUAAACAUCUACGUCAAAAAUCUAAAUAUUUUGUAAACGCCAGGAAUGUAUAUAGAUAUAUUAAAAAAGACAUUUUGGGGUGUAAGCCGUACCGUAUCUUAUCUGAUUUUGUGCAAAAAUCUCCUACAAAGAAUAAUUUUAAAGGAUGACGUCAAUGAAAAAAUAUUCUUCAUAAAAUUUCACCACACAUCGAUAAAGAAAAGAAAUCUCUAUUUCUAUUGUAUAUCAAAUAAAUAGUUUCUUCAAUGUUAAAAAAACGAACGAAAAUAUUUUAUUAAGUUUUCCUCGGAAUUUAUUUCGAGUUGACGUUUUAAAGGAACAUCCUUUUGGACGGAAGCGGUCAAAAGAAGAAAUAUUUUACAUGUCACACAAAGAAAGACCAAACGUUAUUUACAUAAUAUAGUAUCUUUAUAAAAUAACUAAUUGAAGGCAUUUAAAUGAUCCUCUUUGUUUUGGUCUGUAUGAUACAAUUAUCCACAGGACUAAUUGAAUACCCAUCAAUUCUUUGUAGAAGUCUAAUUUGUUUUCUUUUAAUAUAUCAAAUGAAGUUUUUCCAGUUUUUUCAUCUCACCCUGUAGAUAUAUUAAAAUAUACAUUUUGAGGUUAAAGCCGUACCUUAACUGAUUUCGUGCAAAAAUCUCCAGGAACAUACCUUAUAGGUGAUAGAAGAACUAUUCUACAUAAAUUUGGUGAUCAGUAGUCCACCUAAAAAAAAUUCUAUUUAUUACAGAGAUUUAUGUGUAUCUUUUGUUGUCGAUUGUCACACAAGGAAAGGCCAAAUGAUAUUUACAUAUUAUUGAACCUUUAUAAGAUUACGAAGGCAUUAAAAUCUUUGGAAAAACAAAUGCUUUGUUUGGUCUGUAUAAUACAAUUAUCAACAGGACUAACUGAAUACCGAGCAAUUCUUUGAAGGAGUCUAAUUUGUUUCCUUUAAAAAUAUCAAAUGGUAAUUUUAUGGAGGAUAAAAUGUCUACAUGUCCUAAAGUCUUCUAAUCAUUGACCCGAAAACCCAAUCCACUUAUGGAAACCUAAAUGGUCCUCUUCAAGAAGACCAAAUAAAUGGUCUACAAAAAAUGCAACAAAGUCAAACGCCAUAAUUUUUAAUAUUUUUUUAAAUUUUAUUGAAUAAAAGCAAAAAAUGUCGGAAAUAGCAUCAAAUUUUAGAAUAUGUUAAGAUUUGUUCGAAUUGGUCACCUUUGGCACGAAUUAUGGCCUUCAAACGGCCAAUGAAAUCGACACUUUGGUAUUUUUUAGUACCAACCUUGCUUUCCAAAAUAUUCCAGACACAAUAGUCCAAAAGAUUGGUUUCCAAAGAUUUUGGUGGUCAUUGUGCGCUGGAAAUGAAGCGAGGAACCUCAUUUUGUAACCAUUCUUGGGUGGCGCGUGCUGAGUCCGGUUGAAAUGUCCAAGGUCUGCGGGCAAAAUGUUUGCGUGCCCAUGGCCUCCCUCCAUAAUAUGUUGGUGGCCAUUGUGCGCUGGAAAUGAAGCGAGGAACCUCAUUUUGUAACCAUUCUUUACCCCGAUCUCAUAUUUCAAUAUUUGCCGAAUGGAAUAAUGCGAUAUGUUCAGCUCACGAGCCAUUUUCGGCCACUGCGUCGCGGGUUUCGAUCAAGUCGCUUCUUUACUUUUCGCAUCAUUUCUGCUUAUGUUGUUGUUUUCUUCCGUCCACUUCCACUUCCUUGACGUCGGGCGACGCUACCAGUAUCACGGUAACGAGCGAUGGUACGAGACACAAAAGAUUUAUUCACAUUUAAAUGCUGAAGUGCUCUAACGAUAGCCACUUGUGGUUUUCUAGCCAAAUAUAAUGAAAUCACACUAUCACGCUUGAAUUACAUCACGAAUAUCUUUUUUUCUGGAAAAUUCUGACCAAAAUGCUUUUGUACGCUUGUAAACCAUAUAAUAAUAAUUUUGACAGCUGUCGGAAGAGUGGCUUAGAAAUGACAGCAGUCUGAAGUUGGUUACACUUUUUUUCAUCUCACACUGUAUAUGAUGGCUAUACCAAAUAAUGGAAAAGGGUAUAUCCUUUUGGAACCUAUAACAUCAGAUUACAGCCAAAUUGGUGGAAUUACAACUUUUUCGCCAAUUUCAAAGUUUGACCUCUAUUUUAAUCUGAAAUAUAGACGAAGUGACAGGACUUAAGGUGAGGGUACAUAAGAAGCUUGGCAUCAUAGCUAGGCAUAUUAAUAUUAAUUUAAAAGGGAAAACAAUGGCAGGAUACGAGCGCGGCUCUGAGAUUUGAAUUCUCAUAUUGAAGUUAGUGUGAAUUCAAUUUUGUGAUUUUACCAUAUCUAUAAAUCUGUGGAAUAUCACUUCCAAGAAAUUAUUGAGAAUGUCUGAUUUAUUGUCAUAUGGUAUUUGACACCUCGUAUUGGAAUUGGUGUGAAUUUGAUUAUGUGUUAUAUACGAUUUUUGUUAUCAUAAUUAUUUUUAUUUAAUAUUUCUCUUAUUUUGUCCAUAUUAAUUUAACUUUUUGUUAGUAUUUACAAAAUAUAUAUUUUUUGUUUAAUUUUUUUGUACAAUAUAUACAUAAAACCAUACAACCAUAUGUAUAUGUUAGAAAUUUGUAAAAAAAAACCACAACUAUUUUCCCUUUUAAAAAUAAGCCUUUAGAAAAGAACAAAAAAAUUAAUAAAUAAACUGAAACAAACAAAUAAAAGUCUUUAUACAUUAACUACUUCUAAUUAUAAGUACAUAUAUAAAACCAUAAUCCAUUAAUUGAUUGAUUGUAAAAGUGAUGAUUGAUUAUUGACAUGUUGACAUUUUUAAAACAAAAGCGAUAACUAAAAUACAUGUUGAACAAAUUUAAACUUUGAAUUAACUAAAUGCAAAUUAAAAAAAAAAAAUAAUAAAAAGCCAUUAAAAGUGAUCGAUAGUAGCCUGAUUGAUCCAUUUAGUAAUAUAUACAUACAUAUAUUUACCAAACAAACAUCCAGUAAAAACAAGCAUAUUAUAUACACAAGCAAUUACAAGAAUAAAAAAAAGUAAACUCUACCAAUUUCUAAAAAAUAAAAAUUGUUAACAUCUACUUUAAAUUAAAAAAAUGGAAAAGAAGAAACAUAAAUAAAUCAAGAUAAAAACUUUUAGAGAAAAAAUAAAUAUACUAAAAUAAAAGAAUUCAAUUAUAUACGAUUUUGGCUUACACAAUUAAAUAACCAUAACUAAGUUACUUUUACUCCCAAUAUCUUUCGUUUUAUUAGCUCUUAUAAGUGAAAGGCAAUUGCGACAAAAUAAUAACCUUCAUUAUGUAAAGAAGGGUAAUAAUUUUCCACGAAAUUUUUCCAAAUUAUGUAUUUAGGGUUUAUAAAGGAUUCUAUCUCCGGUGGCUGAACAUUUUCUAUAUAGGUCCACGUUUUCCUAUGGCACUCAUAUAAAUGUACCCCCAAUAUUAGGUUUUUCGAUAAUUUUAGCCGCAUUUUUUCAAGAUUUUUUUUUUCAAUUUUGGUAGUUAGGAUUCGAAAUGUGGUUUCCUCCUGUGGCAUAACAUUGACUGUAUAGGUCCACGGUUUGUUAUAGCCCACAUGUAAAGGUACCUCCAGAUAUUCGUCAUUUGGACGAUUUAAGAUACAUUUUAUAUUGGAUUGGUCUAAAAUUUACUAUUUGUAAUUCUUAAUGGGUUCUACCUCCGGUGGCCAAACAUUGUGUAUAUAGUUCCACAUUUUCCUAUGUCGCCUAUAUAACAGGGAGGUACCCUAUUUUCGAAAUUUUAAUAAUUCUACCUCCAAUUUCAAAUUUGGUAAAUAGGGUUUGUAAUAGGUUUUACCUCAUGUGGCACAGCUUUAUAUAUAUAUAUAGGUACACGGUUACCUAUAGCCUCCAUAUAAUGGUACAUCCGAAUAUUCGUAUUUUGACCAUUCAGGCUAAAUUUCUAUCGGAUUUGUUCGGUAUUUGUAGUUCAUAAUGGAUUCUACCACCAGUGUCAGAACCAACAGUCCCAUAUAUAGGUACCGACCGAUAUUCGGUUCUUUCAUGAUUCUAACAACAUUUUUACAAGUAAUUGUUUCAAAUUUGGCAAUUAAGGCUUGUGGUAGAAAAUUGUCUAAAUAGGUUUCCGUUUUGGUAUUGCUUCGAAAGUUUUAGUCCAAAUAACCAAUCAAAUUGUCUGUAAUUUGGCACAUCUAUUCUCAUUGGCUGGAAAUUAUACCGAAGAAAAAAUGUCAAUAUUGGUCGACAUAAGGAAUGUGCACAGGGCGGGUUGGCUGGCCUAAUCCAAAACUUCGAUUUUUCUGACUAUACCCUGUUGCAGUACGCGUUAACGAA